AUGCGGAAUCAUAUGGCAGCUGGGUGGUUUUACUCACCCGAGCAGAUCGCACGCUAUCUCUUGACACGACCUACGAGUCUCAAGCCGCCGAAGACAAAGCUUCGGAAUCCAGUAGCAGUCCUGCGUGAGCUAGAUCGCCACCAAUGGCUCAUGUUCACAGUGGGCCUGCUGGGUUGGACUUGGGAUGCGUUUGACUUCUUUACGGUAUCGCUCUGCGUCACCGAAAUCGCUACAGAAUUCAAGGAAUCGAACGCAGCUGUAUCAUGGGGCAUUACUGUGACCCUAAUGCUUCGUUCCGUCGGCGCCCUGAUAUUCGGGGGCUUGUCUGACCGGUAUGGUAGAAAAUGGCCGAUGAUCAUCAACUUGGGACUAUUCAUUGUGCUAGAGCUGGCGUCGGGAUUUGCACAGAAUCUUUCGCAAUUCCUAGCUAUUCGAUCUCUCUACGGCAUCGCCAUGGGCGGGUUGUUUGGGCCCGCGGCAGCAACUGCACUUGAGGAUAUGCCGUACGAUGCACGCGGCAUACUCUCAGGCAUAUAUCAACAGGGAUAUGCUCUCGGUUACUUGCUGGCAGCCAUAUUCUAUCGGGCUCUUGUUCCGACUACAACUCAUGGAUGGAGGUCUCUUUUCUGGUUCGGUGCUGGCCCGCCUGUUUUCAUCAUUGCGUUUCGGUGGUACUUGCCUGAGACCAAUACAUUCCAGGUCAUGAAAGCUGAAAGAGAAGCUACCGCGGUUCGAAAUAAUAGAGGGGCUGUCGUUUCAGGUGCUCGGGUCUGGUUCAAGGAACUGGGUACGGCCAUCAAAUCGAACUGGUUCCUUUUUAUCUACAUGGUCGUCUUGAUGACUGGCUUCAACUCCUGCAGCCACGGCAGUCAAGAUUUGUAUCCGACAUUCCUGAAGAACCAGGUUGGUCUUGGUGCCACAGAUGUGACGGUUAUCAGUGUGGUCGGGCAGAUUGGAGCUUUCAUUGGUGGUAGCACCGUAGGCUACAUCUCGACGUUCUUUGGCCGGCGGCUCACCAUGAUCGUGGCUUGUAUCUUUGGCAGUGUUAUACUGCCAGCAUAUGUAAUACCGCAUUCGACAAAGCUCAUAGCCAGCGCCUUCUUCCUUCAAAUCUGGGUUGGAGGCGUCUGGGGACCAAUUCCAAUCCAUCUCAGCGAGCUUUCGCCCCCAGCACUGCGGACCACCGCGGUCGGCUUGACAUAUCAGCUCGGAAACUUGGCAUCAUCUGCCUCAGCUACAAUCCAGGCCACUAUCGGCGAGGAGUUCCCGCUGCCGCCGGCCAACGGGGUUGAGCGGUACGACUACGGCAGGGUGAUCGGCAUCUUUAUGGGCGCCGUCUGGGUGUAUAUGCUCCUAUUCCUGUUCCUGGGGCCAGAAAUGAGCGAGGCAGAGAGGGCGGAGUACGGUGCUGCUGCUGAUCACAUUGAGACGCUGAGGAAGGAGGGUGUGAGUCUGGCAGACAUAGGAGCGCAACGGGCCAAAACGGCAGCAGACAUGGCUGAAGAACCAGAGGUGGUAACAAGGGAGAAGAAACCUGUGGAUGUUGAACACAUCGAAUGA